AUAACAUACAAAAUAAAUGACCUGGAAACUCGGGAAUUGAUUCAAAAACUGAGAACAGAAGCUGAUGUAGUCCCUUACAUCAUUGAAAACUGAAAUGUGUCAAUUUGAACGAUCCAAAGAUAUAUAUAUAUAUACAUAAGUCAAAAUGCAAAUAACCUUAUCUCUCAUUUUAGACUUUCGAAUUUCUAAUCUCAAAGAGGUCAAACCCGUUAAGCCAACCCAAAAUGGCUCAUAAUAUGGUUGGAGCAGACGAGAUUGAGUCGUUGAGAGUUGAGCUAGCAGAGAUUGGAAGAAGCAUCAGAUCAUCGUUCCGGAGACACACUUCUAGUUUCAGAAGCAACUCUUCAAUAUAUGAACCUGAUAAUGAUGGUGAUGUUAAUGGUGAUCAUCAUGAUGCAGAUUAUGCUCUGCAAUGGGCUGAGAUUGAGAGAUUACCAACUGCAAAACGUAUGAGAUCGACUCUUAUCGAUGAUGGCGAUAAGUCCAUCACCGAGAACGGAAAAAGAGUCGUUGAUGUCUCAAAGCUUGGAGCCACGGAACGUCAUCUCAUGAUUGAGAAACUUAUCAAACACAUUGAGAAUGAUAAUCUCAAGUUGCUGAAGAAAAUCAGAAGAAGAGUAGACAGAGUUGGGAUGGAGUUACCGACCAUAGAAGUGAGGUACAAGAGUUUAAAAGUGGCCGCCGAGUGCGAGAUUGUUGAAGGCAAAGCACUUCCAACACUGUGGAACACUGCUAAGCGCGUAAUCUCUGAACUGGUGAAGCUCACUGGUGCAAAAUCACACGAAGCCAAGAUAAGCAUUCUAAAUGAUGUUAAUGGCAUUAUAAAGCCCGGAAGGUUAACAUUGUUGCUUGGUCCUCCUGGAUGCGGUAAAACAACUUUGUUAAAGGCCUUGUCUGGAAAUUUAGAAAACAAUCUAAAGUUUUCAGGUGAAAUCUCUUACAAUGGAUACAGACUAGACGAGUUUGUUCCUCAGAAAACCUCGGCGUACAUAAGUCAAUAUGACCUGCACAUUGCAGAGAUGACUGUUAGGGAGACAGUUGACUUCUCAGCUCGUUGUCAAGGCGUCGGUAGCCGAACAGAUAUUAUGAUGGAAGUUAGUAAAAGAGAAAAGGAAAAAGGAAUCAUUCCUGACACAGAAGUGGAUGCUUACAUGAAAGCAAUUUCUGUUGAAGGCCUGAAAAGAAGUCUGCAAACAGAUUAUAUCUUGAAGGUAAUAAUAGUCUCUUUGAUAGACCUGGCUGAUAAUCUGGCCUUUUUUCUUUGGUUCUUAGGUCUUCUGUUGCAUUUGCAGAUUCUCGGACUUGACAUUUGUGCAGAAACAUUGAUUGGAGAUGUGAUGAGGAGAGGUAUAUCAGGGGGCCAAAAGAAGCGUCUUACCACAGCUGAGAUGAUUGUUGGCCCGACAAAGGCUCUGUUUAUGGAUGAAAUAACAAAUGGCUUAGACAGCUCCACAGCUUUUCAGAUUGUCAAGUCUCUUCAGCAAUUUGCUCACAUAUCAAGCGCUACUGUGCUUGUUUCGCUUCUUCAACCGGCCCCAGAAUCAUUUGACCUCUUUGAUGACGUUAUGCUGAUGGCUAAAGGAAGAAUCGUGUAUCAUGGUCCGCGGGGCGAAGUCCUGAAAUUCUUUGAGGAUUGUGGAUUUGAAUGCCCUGAGAGGAAAGGUGUUGCAGACUUUCUCCAGGAGGUUAUAUCCAAAAAAGACCAAGCCCAAUACUGGCGGCACGAAGAUUUACCUUAUAGUUUUGUCUCAGUAGAAAUGUUGUCGAAGAAGUUCAAGGAGUUGAGUAUUGGAAAAAAGAUUGAGGAAACUCUUUCUAAGCCGUAUGAUAAAUCCAAAAGCCAUAAGGACGCUUUAUCCUUCAGUGUGUAUUCUCUUCCAAACUGGGAGCUGUUCAUAGCAUGCAUAUCAAGAGAGUAUCUUCUCAUGAAGAGAAACUAUUUCGUCUAUAUUUUCAAGACAUCUCAGCUUGUUAUGGCCGCAUUCAUCACUAUGACUGUGUACAUCCGAACACGGAUGGGUAUUGAUAUCAUUCAUGGAAAUUCUUACAUGAGUGCCCUCUUUUUCUCCCUCAUUAUACUUCUUGUUGACGGAUUCCCAGAGUUGUCUAUGACGGCUCAACGCUUAGCCGUGUUUUACAAGCAGAAGCAGUUGUGUUUCUAUCCUGCAUGGGCGUAUGCAAUCCCUGCAACAGUGUUAAAGGUCCCUCUAUCGUUCUUCGAAUCUUUAGUUUGGACCGGUCUCACAUACUAUGUCAUUGGAUACACCCCUGAAGCCUCCAGGUUCUUCAAGCAGUUCAUUCUACUGUUUGCUGUUCACUUCACCUCGAUAUCCAUGUUCCGGUGUCUAGCUGCAAUCUUCCAGACAGUAGUUGCUUCAAUCACAGCUGGCAGUUUUGGUAUAUUAAUCACAUUUGUCUUUGCCGGUUUUGUCAUUCCACCAACGUCUAUGCCAGCAUGGCUCAAGUGGGGAUUCUGGGUAAAUCCUUUGAGUUACGGUGAGAUUGGGCUAUCGGUAAACGAGUUCCUCGCUCCAAGGUGGAAUCAGAUGCAACCCAAUAAUGUUACCUUAGGGCGAAGCAUACUCCAAACCCGUGGACUGGACUACGAAGGUUACAUGUACUGGGUAUCAUUAUGUGCCUUGUUGGGUUUCACUGUGCUCUUUAACAUCAUUUUCACCCUGGCUCUGACUUUCUUGAAAUCACCCACAUCAUCUAAAGCCAUGAUUUCACAAGAAAAACUCUUUGAGCUGCAAGGAAAAGAAGAUUCAACAGGUGACUCUCCAGUCAAGCACAAGACUACAGGUUCCCCUGUAAAGACCAAUGAAGAUGAGAAUACAGGCAAGAUGGUCUUACCUUUCAAGCCCCUCACUGUAACAUUCCAAGACUUGAACUAUUUCGUUGACAUGCCCGUGGAGAUGAGAGACCAAGGAUAUGAUCAGAAGAAACUACAACUCCUAUCAAAUAUCACCGGAGCUUUCCGUCCCGGAAUCCUAACGGCAUUAAUGGGAGUGAGUGGAGCCGGUAAAACCACACUCCUCGACGUUCUAGCCGGAAGAAAAACAAGCGGAUACAUAGAAGGAGAGAUCAGAAUCAGUGGUUUCCCUAAAGUUCAAGAAACGUUCGCUAGAGUCUCAGGCUACUGUGAACAAACAGAUAUACACUCACCAAACAUCACCGUCGAAGAAUCCGUGGUUUACUCAGCUUGGCUUCGUCUUGCUCCUGAGAUCGAUUCCGCAACCAAAACCCAAUUCGUGAAGCAAGUGCUCGAGACGAUCGAAUUAGAUGAGAUCAAAGAUGCAUUGGUGGGAGUCGCCGGACUGAGCGGGUUAUCGACGGAGCAGAGGAAGAGACUGACGAUUGCGGUGGAGUUAGUGGCGAAUCCGUCGAUCAUAUUCAUGGACGAGCCAACGACGGGGCUAGACGCGAGAGCAGCCGCCAUUGUUAUGAGAGCUGUCAAGAACGUCGCUGAUACUGGACGUACCAUCGUCUGUACUAUUCAUCAGCCUAGUAUUGACAUUUUUGAAGCUUUCGACGAGUUGGUGCUUCUUAAAAGAGGUGGUCGCAUGAUCUACACAGGACCGUUAGGUUUACAUUCUUAUCAUAUCAUCGAGUAUUUUGAGAGUGUUCCUGAAAUUCCAAAAAUAAGAGACAACCACAAUCCAGCGACAUGGAUGCUUGAUGUUAGUUCACAAUCUGUAGAAGUUGAACUUGGCGUCGAUUUCGCAAACAUCUACCAUGACUCUGCUCUUUACAAGAGAAACUCAGAGCUUGUGAAACAGUUGAGCCAACCAGAUUCAGAAUCAAGUGAUAUACAUUUUAAGAGAACUUUUGCACAAAGUUGGUGGGGACAAUUCAGAUCUAUUCUAUGGAAAAUGAAUUUGUCUUAUUGGAGAAGCCCUUCUUAUAACCUAAUGCGUAUGGUUCACACAUUAAUCUCUUCUUUGAUCUUUGGUGCACUCUUCUGGAAACAAGGCCAAAAAAAAGAUACUCAACAGAGUUUGUUCACUGUAUUUGGAGCAAUCUAUGGUUUGGUACUCUUCUUAGGGAUAAACAACUGUUCAUCAGCUCUUCAGUAUUUUGAAACCGAGAGAAAUGUCAUGUAUCGCGAAAGAUUCGCAGGGAUGUACUCGGCGACUGCUUACGCAUUGAGUCAAGUGGUGACUGAGAUACCUUACAUAUUCAUACAAGCUGCCGAGUUUGUGAUCAUAACAUAUCCAAUGAUCGGUUUCUAUCCUUCGUCCUACAAAGUCUUUUGGUCACUCUACUCUAUGUUUUGCUCACUUCUCACUUUCAACUACCUUGCCAUGUUCCUCGUCUCCAUCACGCCAAACUUCAUGGUUGCCGCGAUCCUUCAGUCGCUUUUCUAUGUUAAUUUCAAUCUCUUCUCCGGGUUUUUGAUCCCACAAACGCAAGUUCCAGGGUGGUGGAUUUGGUUAUAUUAUCUAACACCAACGUCAUGGACACUAAACGGGUUCAUCUCGUCUCAGUACGGUGAUAUACAUGAAGAGAUCAAUGUCUUUGGAGAAUCCACGACCGUUGCAGCAUUCUUGAAAGACUAUUUUGGAUUUCAUCAUGACCGUUUGGCGGUUACGGCGGUUGUUCAAAUCGCUUUUCCCAUUGCGUUUGCGUCUAUGUUUGCAUUCUUCGUGGGCAAACUCAACUUCCAACGAAGAUGAUCAUGCCAAUUAGUAGUCUUCAUCAUCUUUUUUUGAAUAAUAAACAAAUCAUACUUCUUUUUCUUUUCUUUUUAUGUAU